AUUUGAAGAUGGUGAAUCCGAUGGCAUACGUUUGCCUGAUAAUUCUGUACGCAAAACUCAAAGAUAUCGUCAGGGCACCGAUACUGCGGAGAGGCGGAAGUCAAGACGACAUAGCACAGGUGCAAAUCCAGCUGUGAUACAAUCACCAAAGAAAAUGAAUACGCAUGGCGUUCUGGAUGAAGAUAGUUCUGGUUCAACAAAUUCGACUGAAGUGAGCAAUGGUUUAGUUUUGGAUAGGAAAAGUUUGGAUAGUGCUGGUGUUACACCUGGUUUACGUCGCAGACGUGAACGCGCUGAAAGGCAUAAAAGUUUCCUUAGAGAGCAACAGGAAGCCGCUGCAAACGGUAUAUUGGCAGCACUAGAAAAACGUGAACUUGGACAAAUCGUUACUGCCAUACCAGCAACCAUUAAUAAUAGCGACAGUCCACCUGAAUCAUUAAAUGUAACCACCUCAACCUCAAAUUACCCCAGUGUCACAGCAAUUGCUACUACUAACAAUAUGAGCAGUUCCAACAAAAAUACGUGCAACAUCUCCAACAAUCACAUUAACAACAUAAAUAAUAACAUUUCCAACAAUAACAACAACCUAAUGAGUCCUACGAAACAACUACAAGGCAGCAACUCGAUUUCCAUUAUCAACAACAGCUUCGAUAAGGCCAACAAUAAAUUGCAAGCAACGCCCGAGUUCUUGACCAAGAAGAAUCUGCUUAUCGAACGCAACGCAACUGUGAUCAAUGGUAUUAUGAAGAAUAUACAUCGCGGACACGAACCGGAACCCAAUAACAAUACAUCAUAUAAGAAGUUUGAAAGUGAAGCUAAUCGUCUAAACAACUAUUAUAAUCAGUUGAGCACACCAAAGAAUCUACAUAUACAGAAUCAAAGCCCUACGCUACAAAGCGCACAGAGUGCUUUGGCAGCUGUGCUAAGUCCAAAGAAGGCUUUGAACGGUUUCGAUUUUACGCAAAUCUCAACACCAAAUAACAAUAAUAAGACUAACAGUAAUGUGAUAAAUAAUAUUGAUAAUGUGGACGAUAAAUACGAUUUAUCGUUAAGUCCAACAAGUCCACUUACACCCACUGGUUCAAAUGAUUCUGUAUUCGCAGAAUCACCUACUGCUGAAGUACCUCCACAACCUAUAGCAGAAAUAGAGGUAGUUCCGGUCGUUCCAGUUGUUCCAGAAGAUUUGCAAUGUUUAAAUAUUGUUCCAGCGAGUGUGGUACCACCACCCCCUCCUCCACCGCCACCGCCGCCACCACCAUCGAUGGAAAUGUUUGGUUUCACUUUACCACGUAAGCAAAUACUUGAAUCUACUAAGUCAAUUGAUAGUCAGGCUGUAUUGGAACAAGAAAAUUUGUUGCCACCAUCAGAAUCUGAUGACGAACAAAAAGUGUUGAAUCAAUUAAAACGGGAUCACACCGUGAAAGACUUAACACAGAAACUCAGCAAUAUGCCCACAAGUCCUACACAAGAGAAAAAUCGUAUUGUUGGAGAUAUGUCAGGACUUAUAAACAAAGCCAAAGAGGGUUUAGCUAAAACUAAAAGCAAAGGUGAAAUGUCACGUUCUUCCAGCGUGGAUCAUGAUAUCAAGAAAACUGAAAAUAAAAAGUCAGAAAAUGAACUUCAUUGGGAGGAGCUUGUAAGGAAUAGAACGCGUCCGCUUAAUCUCUGUGAUCUCGACUUUACCGAUCUAAAUUCAGAUGAUGAAAAAGAUUUAUUAGCUCCACGCGGUUUAGGUGGUGGCAUACCACCGCCUCCACCACCAAUAAGUGGUGUACCACCACCAAUGUUGCCUGCAAAUAUGUUACAUCCACCACCUAGUCUAACAAAUAGUGUCAACAGUUCUCUUAAUGGUUCCGUCAAUGGAGAUAUUGGUGCUACAAUAAAGAAAAACAAAAAGACAGUCAAAUUAUUUUGGAAAGAAGUGCGAGAGGAUAUGGUAUCAAAUCUUAUUGGAAAAACUAUUUGGGAUGAGUUGCCGGCUGCACAAGUUGAUACACAAAAACUAGAACAUCUAUUCGAAUCCAGAGCAAAGGAUCUUAUGUCUAAGGAGAAACAACAUGAAAUAAAUAAGAGCAAGGAGAUUAUUGUGUUGGACCAUAAGCGUUCAAAUGCGAUAAACAUUGCAAUUACAAAAUUGCCACCACCACGUGCUAUCAAAGCAGCGAUCCUGAAAAUGGAUGUUACGGUAGUAACCAGAGAAGGUAUCGAUAAGUUAUUAAAUAUGCUACCUACCGAUGAGGAACGGUGCAAAAUACAAGAAGCGCAAUUAGCCAAUCCAGAGCUACCAUUGGGCAGUGCUGAGCAGUUUUUGUUAACUUUAGCUACAAUAUCUGAAUUGGGAGCACGCCUUAAAUUAUGGGCUUUCCGCUUGGAUUUUGAUAAUAGUGAGAAAGAAAUUGCUGAACCUCUUAUGGAUCUAAAACAAGGCAUAGAAAUUUUACGCAGUAAUCGCACCUUCAAAUGUAUUCUAUCCACUUUACUAUCGGUGGGAAUAUUUUUGAAUGGUACACCAGUUAAAGGUUUCCAAAUUGAAUAUUUAUUAAAAGUACCUGAAGUUAAAGAUACAGUGCAAAAGCAUUCAUUGCUUCAUCAUUUGUGUCACAUGGUCAUGGAAUCAGGCAAUGAAACUACAGACCUUUACUCUGAAAUUGGACCGAUUACACGUGCCUCGAAAGCAGAUUUUACAGAAUUAGCAUAUAAUCUAAAUCAAUUAGAAAUGGAAUGUAAAGCUUCUUGGGACAGAUUGAAACUUAUCUCAAAACACGACUGUCCACCGCAAUUGCAACAAAAGUUAGUUGACUUUUUAGCUGAUUGUGCAGAGCGUAUUAUAAUCCUGCAAAUUGUGCAUCGCCGAAUUAUCAAUAGAUAUCGCAAGUUCCUAUUGUGGCUUGGUGUGCCACAACAUAGUGUAUCAGAAUCGAAACCAAAUGAAUUUUGUCGUAUUGUAUCUGAAUUCGCGUUGGAAUAUCGCACCACAAGGGAACGAGUACAGCAACAAAUCGAAAAGAAAGCCAAUCAUCGAGAGAGAAAUAAAACGCGUGGCAAGAUGAUAAUCGAUAUAGCCAAGUUUAAAACCAAAGAAGAUCGUGCUGAUGCAGAACUUAAAACUUUAUUGGGUACACCAAGUGCAGAUACCGCAGAUGGUACAUUAACGUGGCGUCGUAAACGUGCUGACAAUUUACGUUCUUGCAUGUCACAAUUUACAGAUGAGAAUUACACAGACGGCGAUGAUGAAAUACUAGAAUCUUUAGUUAAGACUGCAACCAAAGCACCUGGCACACGAACAACACCGCGUGAACGUAAACGUACACGUCAUGCAGAUCGCAAAUCACCAUAUAACCACUUAUGAACUAUACAAACGUACAUAUGUGCUAUAUGGCAACUUUAAAGUACAAGAAGGGUUAAACCACAUAAAGUCAUAAAACACACACCCACACACCCACACACACACACAUACAUACAUGCUUUUCUAUAUAGUCUUCCAAAAUUUAAUAUAUUUUUUCAAAUUUAUGUAUAUUUUUUUUUUGUUAAAUUCGCUAAUAUUCCAAAUACUCUUGUAUAUCUUAUUAACACUAUAAUAUUGUGGAUAAAUUAAUUGGUGGUU